AUGGAGGUCAGAUCUAAGCGUGUGCUGAAGCGAAGAAGAACGCUUGAAGUAUUUGAAAAGGGUGAUGAAAAGAAUCUCUGGUGUCUUACCAAGGAUCUCCUAGAUUCAGGAUUUUUCAAUUGCUACUUGACUCCACAGCAAUACAACCUCCUUUUUGAGAUUGUUCACUUUAAUGAAAAUUCCCAAGGUGAUAAUAUUAUUUGGAAGAGCUUUCUCAACGGUUCAUUAAUGCUAAAAUUCAAGGAGGAUGGCGAUGACUUGUCAAAUUCCAUUGAAAAUAUGUAUCUAAAGCCAGGAUAUCCUUCCAUGAGACACCUCAACGCUACAGUUAGAUAUAUUUUAUAUGAGAAAGCUGUCGAUUACUUCUAUUCCGGAAACAACUCUGAUUCUUUUGAGUUCCAACUAUUAACAGAAAGAAAUCUUACAGAUACCACACAGAAAAAAAUGCCGUCACCAAAGAUAAAACCCAUGAUAUCUACUAGUAAAGAUAGCGAUGAAGAUGAUAAUUAUGACGAUGAGGAUGAUGAGGAAGAAGAAAAAGGAGAAGAGAGAAAAGAGGAAGAAGAAAGAUGUGAUAGUGAUGGUGGAACUCGAUAUGAGGGGGUCGACGCCAUUCAUAAACAAGCAAUAAUAGAUGCUGAAAGUGACAAUAAGGAGAGUAGCGUAAUUAUCGAUGAUUCCACUAAAGAUUAUGUCUUCCUGGUAAGUAAAGAAGACAUGCUUAAAAAACCGAUAUAUCCAGAAAUUUUUGACAUGACUCAGGAAGAGGAAGUGAUUGGACAGCUGCAUCCUAUUCUAGGAACUUCAUCUGCAAUUGAGUCAAGUAUUGAAAAACAGAAUGAACUAAGACUUAUCAAAAGCUUUAAUAAAAUUUACCAUGGUUUUGAGAAUGAUCUACCAAAUAUAUUUAAGAAGCAAAAGUUGGAACGGAGUGAUAAGGAAUUGGAAAUUUCCGAGGAAGAAGAAAAAAAGGGCAACAUGGACAAUUCAAACUCAAAGGAGGUUGACAAGUUGAUAUCAUUAGGAGGUGCUGCUAAUCUUUCAUUAAAGAACUUGCUGAAAAGAAUCGAUGACAAUAGAGACAAAUUAGGAGUUACUGAUAUUGAAUUGAAAAACUUAAUUAUGGACGUGAGGAAAAACAGAUCUAAAUGGGCCAACUACAAUAAAAUCGGCCAAGAAGAAUUAUAUGAGGCCUGUGAAAAAGUAGUUUUGGAAUUAAGAGGGUACACCGAACACUCAACACCGUUUCUAAAUAGAGUCUCCAAGCGUGAAGCACCUAAUUACUAUCAGAUUAUCAAAAAUCCAAUGGACUUGAAUACGGUGUUGAAGAAGCUUAAAACAUUGCAAUACCAAAGUAAAAAAGAGUUUGUUGACGACCUAAUGUUGAUUUGGUCCAAUUGUUUGCUUUAUAAUUCGGAUCCCAAACAUUACAUCAGAGUUGAUGCCCUUGCAAUGCGAAAAAAAACUUUGGCUCUUAUACCUUUAAUCCCAGACAUCACUAUCAGAGAUAGAGCUGAAGUCGAAAGGGAAGCUGCAGAACAGGCCGCCAAGGAGAAGGAGGAGGAGGAAGACGAAAAAGAAGAAACUGGUAGAAGAUCCACCAGAAAUAUGGGUCAAAAUAUUUCUCGCAAGGGCCGUAAAGUUGUACAAUCAUCAGAACCUACACAUAAUGGAACUCUUGGUUCAUAUAAAACUGAGUAUGUUGACACUGAAAUUCCAGCAGCGACUCCUACACCUAUGGACAGUGGAACAGGAUCACAUCCUUCAGAAACUUCAUCUAGUAACAACGGACCCAAAGAAGAAAAUGAUCAGCACUUUCGUGACAGUGCUGAAGAUGAGAAGCUUGAUGAGAUUCGGGGUAUACAACUAUCUGUUGAAGACAAAAAUGAAGAUAAUGAUGACUUGGAAAUAUCUACCUGGAAAUCUUUGACCUCGUCCGUAAGGUACAGGCUUUGCAAUGAAAGAUCAAAAUUGUUCAACGGGAACCAAAUUCAGCCUAACACGGAAGCAGUAAUCCGAACGCAGACGCAAAUGUACAACUUUACAAAAUAUUUAGAAGACGAAUCCAAAGUUGUGUUACACAGAAAUAGGAAAUACUUUGACGAGAAUGAUGAUCCGUAUUUGAUCGAAUAUGAUGUUUGUGGUGGUAUUCCUAGCAUUAACCAAUCGAGUUUUGAUUUUGAUAAAAUAGAAGAGCAGCUGCUAGAAAAUAUGAUUGAAGAGGGAAAAACUUUGAAGGAUUUACCUGAGAGUAGGUUUAAAGUGAAGUUACAGGGGUCGACUAACCUGAUCAUCGAAAACAUUAGCUUAAUGCAAGAUAUAAGAAAAAUUUGCUUCAAAAUCAAUUUAAUAAGGACUAUGCAAACUUCCCAGUUUGUGCAUAAAUCACAAUUUGUUGCACCUGAUUUUCCCAAAAUUAGGUUUGAAGAUAUCGAUCCAAUGUCUAAGCUCAAAACCAGGGACAUGAUGUCAGAAGCAAUGGCAUCACAAGCAUUGAAGAAAUCAGUUUCUGCACUUUUGAUGUUAAGUGGCUUUGAAAAGACCAAUCCGCUUUGUGCUGCAAUUCUUACUGAAAUAACCGAAACUUAUAUGGGAAAUUUAGCUAAGUCGUUCAAGCUACAUCUCGAAUCGAACUCCAUCAACAAAAUGCCGGUUCAAAGGAAAAGACCAAUGACAUGCAAGGAAGUGUUGCAGGUUGUCCUUCAAUAUAAUGGCAUAGAGAAACCUGAUGCAAUAUAUUCCUAUUAUAAAGAACACCUUACUAAACAGCAUAAAAAACUUAACGAUUUGAAAAGCGGGCUGGAAGGUUUCUUAUGUGAUCUUUUGAGACCUAGUAUGCAAGAACUGAGUGAAAGUCAGUUUAAUGAUGACUCCGAGCAGUUUCUUAACGGUGAAUUUUCUGAUGAGAUUGGAGAUGAUUUUUUUGGGUUCAAAGAAUUGGGCUUAGACAAGGAGUUUGGUUUACUAACAUCAAGUGUUCCGCUUCAUUUGCUUCAAUCAAAGCUUUCUCAUCAAUUCAGCCAACUAAGUAAAAAUAUGACUAGGCGCCAGUAUGACCAUUUUAAAAACCUCAAGUUUCCUAAACUAACAAAGAAGGACAUUCCAAAACAAAUUGGUAUUUUACGUCCUUUUUAUGAAGACCUCUACCUAAAGUCUAAAAUGCUCUACGAUAAACAACUUAAAAAAUACCAAGUACAAUUACAAAAUGGUGAGAAGGUUGAAGAACCUAUGCAAGAGAUCGCAAAUGAUGAUGAGCUGAUUCUUAUUGAAGAUGAUGAUCUGCCACUAAAGCAAAGAAACAACAGACCAAAAAUUCCUCCUAAUGGUAAAAUCACGCAAGUUAAGAAAAAGUUUAUACCAACGGCUUUUUUCCUUGAGAAACAGGAUGAACUCAAAAAUAGACUAGAAGCUAUUGUACAAAAGUCCGGUGAGUUAACUUCUGCUUCUGAGGAAUUUCAUGAAACAAGUGAUAAAACAAAAGAAAAAGAUGCACCAUUAGACAAAACUUUGGACCAAUUGGACACUAUUGAACAAGGUAAAGAAUUAAACUUGAAGAGUGCGAGAUCCGAUAUUCCUUUAAAAGAAAUAAAAGUAGUAGAAGAGAAGGAAACAAAAGUAGACAAGCAAAUAGCACCGGAUUUGAAAGCAGUUGAAGGAGAUGUUAUAUAUGAAAAUAAAAAGAGUGGAAACGGUGUGGAGAAAGAAAAGGACGUUGGAAAGGCUGACGAAAAAGAAUGUAAUACUGAUUUUAUUGUGGAAACGAAAGGGGAUCUCAAAACUAAAGCAAAUAAAGAUCACAAAGGUGGUAUAGAGGAAGACGCUCAAAAGAAUGACGAUGAUGAUGAGAAUGGUGAUGAGAGUGGUGAUGAGAGUGGUGAUGAGAAUGGUGAUGAGAAUGGUGAUGAGAAUGGUGAUGAUGAAAAUGAUGCUGAAAUUGAAGAGAAGAAUGAAGAUGAGGAAGACGAGGAAGAGCAGGAAGAACAGGAUGGGGGCGAUGAUGAGGAGGAGGAGGAGCAGGAGGAGCAGGAGGAGAAGGAUGGGGGCGAUGACGACGACGAUGAUGACGACGACGAUGAUGAUGAUGAUGAUGAUGAUGAUGAUGAUGAUAAUAGUAGUUUGUUUUGA